GACCACCUCAAAAAGGCCCCCUUGGUAUCAGCUCGUUGCCAAGACAUCCGAAUGCAUGGCGGCGCCUGGUGGCCUGGGAUUUGGAGGUGCAUGGCGCUGCUGUAGACAUGCAUGAUGCUGCAGCUCUUCUGAACUUCAGAGGACCCAGGACUCCCGAGCAAGGUGAGAAGCUCCUGCAAGUGCUGGAGGAUGUCGAGCGCUUUGUCUUUGCCAACGUGAUCAGGCCAGAACCUGCUUCCCGCACAGAGUUCUGGCACGACUUUGUUGAAGGACGCGAAGUGGCACUGGAGCGUGCUAUUGUCGCACUGCGCCAGCGGUUCAAGGCUCUGCACAACGAAGUGUCGCAAGUCAUCACCUCCGUUCCAGACAACUCUCCUCGACAGCAUCGCUCGCGAACGCCACCGCGCUGA